AUGGCAAUGAUGGAGAGUAUCGUAGGUGAAAUAAAGCCCAAACCAUUCGUUGAACAACGUCGUCGGUCGAUUAUUAUCGAUUAUCUUCUUUCAACCUCAACACAUGGGUUACGAGGUGUUGGUCGUGCCUAUUCUACCUGUAAUCGUUUCUUCUGGGUCGGCAUAUUCACAAUCGCUUCCAGCCUCAUGCUCUAUUUUGUCGUAUCAUCGGUUCGUCAAUACUUUACCUACGCUACACAGACAAGCGUUGAAAUUCGUCUCGAUCGUAAAAUGCCCUUUCCUGCCGUUACCAUUUGCAACGCGAAUCCGUAUCGACUCGAUACGAUGAAUGCAUCACUUGUAGCAUUCUUAUAUCGGCAAUUAUUGUCCAAUAUAACAUUCAAUCAGAACUUACUCAAUCCGCUUGCUAUACCGCUCGUUGUCGAUUUAUUCAAUCGUAAUCAAACAGAAGAACUCUGGUCAAUUGGAUUUCAAUUGAGUGACAUUUUGCUUGGUUGUGUGUACAAUGGCAUUGACUGUUCCAAUUCAUUCACGCGUUCUCUCACCUCGGCCCUCGGCAAUUGUUUUACAUUCAAUUGGCAAACAUCAACGCCAUUCUUUACGCUAGCCGAUCUCGGUAAUACUCUUCUUUUGAGAGAAGGUCUCCAAAUGAUAUUUUAUGUCCCACGCGAAACUAAUUUUCCUGUUGAAUAUUUCAAUAUCGGUCUCAACGUAUUGUUGCAUGAUAAUGACGAAUUUCCAUUGUCUAUCGAGAAAGGUCUCUUUCUUGCGCCUGGCUUAUCUUAUUUGAUAACUUAUCGAAAGAGUACAGAAACAUUUUUGCCAUCCCCAUAUAGUCAAUGCACAUCCGACGUGAGUAGUGAUUUGCGUGCUCUUUAUAAGACAACAUUUGCCGAUAAUAACGCGUCAGAUUCGGUUGUCUAUUCGGAAUCGGCGUGUCACGAGCUGUGUGAACAAGCCUAUAUCUUUUCACAAUGUUCAUGCAUUCUUCCAAUACCAUUCUUCACACGAAAGAUGCUCACACUUGAUAGGAAUCUCAUAUCUGUCAAAACUUGCAAUCCAAUUACAAAUGAAUUUUUAUGUGCGUUUACUGCCAAACAACAAUUGGCAGCCAGUGAUCAAUUACAAACCGCAUGGUGUUCUUAUUGUACUUCUCAAUGUAAAUAUACCUAUUUUACGAGUGAUCUCAGUUCACAAGCGGCUCCGUCUGAAACGGAAAAAGCAAUCUUGGCUGCAGUACUACUAAAUGCAAGUAAUACGACUACCGUCCUGCUGCCCAACGAUUUUGCCCAACGGUUCGACUACUAUAUGGAUCGAAACUAUUUAAGAAUAGAAGUUGCAUGCGGCAGUAAGUAUGUUACAGAGUACAAACAAGUAGCUACGCUGCCACUCAUCGAUAUGUUUGCUUCCAUCGGCGGACAAACAGGCCUGUAA